AUAAUUUAAAGCAAAAUGAAACUACUGAUUGUUGUACUUGCCCUGGUGGCCACUGUUUUGGCUAGACCUCAAUUUAACGGAGCUGGUGGAUUUGGCGGACCUGGUGGUCAAGGAGGAUUUGGUGGUCAACCAGGCGGCUUUGGUGGACAGGGAGGAUACAAUGGAAGUCCUGGAUUUGGUGGACAAGGUGGUUACGGUGGCGGACCAGGAGGAUUCGGAGUAGGUCCUGGAUAUGGACAAGUUGGUUUUGGAGGACGGGGAGGAUAUGGCGGUCAAGGUGGUUUCGGUGGACCGGGCGGACAAGGCGGCUUUGGCGAGCACCACAGACACCAUGGAGGACAUCGUGAGCGCUAUUAAUACCCCAAUAUCUUAACCGUCUUAAAAUCGUGAACAAAAAAUAAAAUAUGGUUUUUUUGCAACUUA